UUCAGAGUGGAGAAGACAGUUCUCAGGAAAGGUUCCACCUUGGAUUCAAAUUAGAAUAAUGGAAUAUCUGAUAAUAAUAAUGAAUACAAUAUCAUGAUACAAUGUGCAACGUGUGAUAAGGUCAUUUGAAGUACAAUUCGUGAAGUAACUAACAGUGGAAAUUAGUCUACAGUUUUUCAAGUGUUAAAAGUACAGUCUGUGCAUUUCGUCGGUUACAAAGUGAAAUUCAAGACGCAAAACCGUUUUCUACUAUACACAUUUUGUGUUAGCAAAAAGUGAGCAAACUUACAUCAGCAAACAUAAAAAAGUUUUAUCCAAGCCAAACAAAUUUUCACCUGCAUCGAAAUGAGUUCCAAUUCUCUGUUCGAAACCGAGGAAGAUGUCGCUCAGGCCAACAAGCUGUCCAGAAAAGUCAAGGAAUCCCCAUUUAUGCUAGUGGGUAUUGCCGGAUUCGUGGCCGCCGGUUUGGUUGGAGCCUACAAAUAUCGACAUCGUGGAACCAUGAGCACCAGUGUCUUCCUGAUGCAGCUGCGUGUGGCCGCCCAGGGAACCGUCGUCGGGUGUUUGACCGCCGGACUGGCCUAUACCAUGGCGAAGGAAUACCUGCUCCACGAAGAUACUAAAAGCAAUACUAAGCCAGUCGACUAAGAAAAUAUCAGUCCUGCCUAUUUAUAAUGAGAUCAUAAAAUACCAAACUAGCAAAAGCAUUUUUGGGUGAACCGCAAGAACACCACCAAAAAGUAUUAGCCACAUGGUUCUUCCUCCACCACAUCCUUGUGUAAUUAAGUUUUAGGUUUACGCAAUAAAGUUCGAUUUUACCAAAAAAAA